AUGGCUGAAACUGUUGCAAAGAAGCUCAAGACUGCUCCCGUCAUUGGAACCCACAAUGGUCACUUCCAUGCCGAUGAGGCCCUGGCGGUCUAUAUGCUCCAGCUUUUGCCCACUUACGCUUCUUCCCCACUAAUCCGCACCCGGGACCCGGCUCUGCUGGAGACCUGCCACACCGUGGUCGAUGUGGGUGGUGUGUAUGAUGCGGAGAUCAACCGCUACGAUCACCACCAGCGCACCUUCGACACAACUUUCCCUCAGCACAACACCAAGCUCUCAUCGGCUGGUCUAGUUUACAUGCACUUCGGUCGUGCCAUUAUCGCUCAGAAGCUGUCUGUGCCCCAGGACCACCAGGAUGUAGAUCUGCUGUACGAGAAGCUGUACACUGACUUCAUCGAAGCCAUUGAUGCUAAUGACAAUGGUAUCUCUGCCUACGACCCCGCGGCGGUGGCUGCUGCCAACUUGGAGAAGCGGUUCAAGGACGGCGGUGUCACUCUUGCCUCCAUUGUCGGCGACAUGAACAACCCAGACCCUACCAGCCCACCUGGGGAGGCCCAAGACGAGGAUAGCCUGUUCGGCCGGGCUAGCAAGCUCAUCGGUAACGUUUUCGCUCGCAAGUUGCACCACGCUUGCCACUCAUGGCUUCCUGCUCGCACCACCGUCGGUUCGGCCUACCAAUCACGCCACGAGGUUCACUCCUCUGGUCGCAUCAUUGUGUUCCCCGAGGGCGGUGUUCCAUGGAAGGAGCACCUCUACAACUUCGAGAAGGAUGCCUCCAGCGGCGAGGGUAUCGACCCUGCCGCGCAGGUCUACUAUGUCCUCUACCCCGAGAGCGGCGCCGAGGACUCCAAGUGGCGUGUGCAGUGCGUUUCCGAGUCUGAGGGCAGUUUUGUGUCCCGGAAACCUCUCCCCGAGGCUUGGCGCGGCGUUCGUGACCAGGACCUGGAUGGACUGAUGGCCUCUCAGGCUGAGCAGGCCGGCCAGGAGAAGCUCCCCGCCGGUGCUAUCUUUGUGCAUGCCAGUGGAUUCAUUGGCGGUCACAAGACCAAGGAGGGUGCGAUGGCCAUGGCUAUCCGCAGCCUUGAGCAAUAA